GCAGCUACGUGGCUUCGCGAAGCUUUAUCCGAAGGGCCGAUUUGCUGUUGGCUCGACCGUGCAGCUGCGCAGAAAGACGAGGGCCGGUCGAUGCGCAGGGAAGGGGGGCCGGGGAGAUGCCGCCUGGCAAGGGGAGGCGUCGGGUCUCGUGGAGGUACUUCGGAGCUGCUUCUUGGCUCCUCGGCUGUUGUUUGCUGGGCCUGGCGGCUUGUGGGCCGCCCUGGUGGAGCAAGGGCCGACCGAGGACGGUGCACCACAGCUACGCCGAGGUGGAGCUUUUGUCCUGUCUGGCGGAGCUGCUGAUGCCAGGGGAGCCCAUCGGGGAGCUCUUCCGCGAUUUUCCGGUGGAGCCCUGUGAGGCUUGGGGGUCGCGCUGGCUGUGUCCCGACCUGACUGCAUUUGGAGUGUUGAAGGAUGAGGAUGCAGCUUUGUUUGUCGAGUACGAUGGGUAUCCUCGACACUACGAAGCUGAGGGGCAGGAAAGGGACUUGCGAAAGACGAGAGCUCUGCUUGAGUAUGCACCGCCGGGCUCUUGCGUCUUGCGUAUAGGCCAUGCUGCUCGAGACCUGCGAAUGACGAAGAAUUCGAAGGAAGUUGUGGUAGACACAUGGUCCGCAGGCCAGGUGCGGAAAUUGAUGCAUGUUGUGCGACAAGUUGCACAGGCCCUGUUCGGAAGUUGUGGAAACAUACUCCGGAAGGAGGUGUGCGAGAAUCUCCGUAUUUGUUGGGCAACCGAAUCUUCACCAGACCUACACCAGGCAAGCACGUUUACAAUUGAGGCAGUUCUCACCAGCGAUGUCGAAACAAGGAAGACCAACCUGAUUGCAUUCCUGGACGCGCAGCUGCAGUUUUCCGAGGCCAUGGAGGUGUUUGGGAGCCAACUUUUCAAUCCUCCUUGCGGGCCGCUGUGGUGGAGAAAGGGCCGGUGGAGGGUUCUCCGCCUCGGAGCCUGCUGGCUCCUGGUCUGUUUCGUGCUGGGCCUGGCGGCUUGCGGGCCGCCCUGGUGGAGGAAGGGCCGGCCGCGGAAAAUGCACCGCAGCUAUCCCGAGGUGGAGCUGUUGUCCCGUCUGGCAGAGCUGUUGAUGCCACAGCAACCCAUCAGCCGGCUGUUUCGGGACUUUCCUGUGGGGCCACUCUGGCUCAGCCCUGGCAUUGCCGUGUUUGGCGUGCUGGAGGAGGAGGGUGCAGCUCUGUUCGUCGAGUACGAUGGAACCGGCAAUUGGGAGGAGCUCAAUACGCAAGCUCUGCUCAAGUACGCGCCCAAGGGCUCAUGCCUGCUGCGAAUAGGCCACAAAGAGCGUGACCUGUCGAGGAUCGAGACUUCGGUGGAUGUGAUCGUGAAUGUGUGGCGCCAGGGCCAUGAGCCGUCGCUGAUGAAAGCUGUGAGCCAGACCGUCUGGGCCAUGCUGAGUAGUCGCGACAUCGUGCUUCGAGAAGAUGUUCGCCUGCGUCUAGAUGCCUUUGAGGUCACCGAGCCGAAACCCAGAUUCAACAAGGCACGCAAGUUUGUUAGCAAGGCGACAAAGAAGGCCGCUGUACUUGGCUUUUUGGAAGGGGAUCUUCGUUUCUCAAAUUCCCGAUUCAAGGCUUUGGCAGACAAGUUUCCCCGAAUCUGGCGCAUCAGCGUCGAGGGUAAGUUGAAGCCGAUGGUGGCGUGGCUUCAGGAACUCGGACUGACCCGAAAGCAGAUGGCCAAAGCCAUUUGUCUGUCUCCUUCAAUCUUGGACAGCAGCAUUGAGGCGAAACUAAAACCCGCAGUGGCUUGGCUUGAAGAUGUUGGGCUAAGCCGACGACAGGUGGCCAAAGUUGUUGCGGGCUUUCCUCAAGCGUUGAGCUACAGCAUCGACGGCAAUUUGAAGCCCACAGUGGUCUGGCUCGAGGAUGUCGGGCUGAGCCGACAGCAGGUGGCCAAAGUCGUUGCUGGAUGUCCUCAAAUGUUGGGCUGCAGUAUCGAGGCUAAGUUGAAGCCCACCGUGGCCUGGCUCGAGGAUGUUGGGCUGAGCGGCCAGCAGGUCGCCCAAGUCGUUUGUCGGAAGCCUCAAAUGAUGGGUCUCAGCAUUGACGGCCAUCUGAAACCCACAGUGGCAUGGCUCGAGGAUGUUGGGCUGAACCGGAAACAGGUGGCCAAAGUCGUUGCCGGCUUUCCUCAGAUGUUGGGUCUCAGCAUCGAGGCCAAUCUGAAGCCUACGGUGGCCUGGCUUGAGGAUGUUGGGCUGAGCCGACGGCAAGUUGCAAAAGUUGUUGCCGUUUUUCCGCAAGUUUUGGGCUAUAGCAUUGAGGGCAAUCUCAAGCCGACUGUUUCAUGGCUUCGGGAUAUCGGCCUCAACCGAAAGCAGGUGGCCAAGGGCAUCUUUGCUUCUCCCACAACUUUGGGCUACAGCAUUGAAACCAACAUGAAGCCCACGGUGGCUUGGCUUGAACAUCUAGGACUGACCAAGCUGCAAGUAGCCAAUGUGGUCGCUACCUUCCCCUCAGCAUUGGGGUACAGCGUCGAGGCCAAUCUGAAACCCACGGUGGCCUGGCUUGAGGAUGUGGGGCUGAGUGGAACGCAGGUUGCAAAAGUCGUGUCGGGACAUCCUCCGGUGCUGGGCUAUAGCAUCGAGGCCAAUCUCAAGCCCACAGUGGCUUGGCUCAAGGAUGUUGGGCUGAGUCACCAACAAGUGGCCAAGGUUGUCAUUAGUUUACCUUCGGUGUUCAGCUACAGCCUCGAGGCCAAUCUGAAGCCCAAAGUCGCCUGGCUCGAGGAUCUUGGGCUGAGCCGCAAGCAGGUGGCCAAAGUCGUCACUGGCUUUCCUGCAGUCUUGGGCAUAAGCAUCGAGCGGAAUCUGAAGCCCACCAUGGCCUGGCUUGAGGAUUUGGGGUUGAAUAGAGAGCAGGUGGUCAAAGUCGUGCGAGUUUUUCCUAUGGUCCUGGGCUACAGCGUCGCGUCUAAUCUGAAGGCCACGGUGGAUUGGCUCGGGAGUGUUGGUCUGAGUCGGCUGCCUGUGGCCCGCGUCGUCGCUCAGUUUCCACAGGUCCUAGGUUUGAGCAUCGAGUCCAACCUGGAGCCCACGGUGGCCUGGCUCGAGGAUAUUGGGCUUAGCCGGCAACAGGUGGCUAAAGCAAUUUCUGUCUCUCCUUCAAUCCUGGGCUGCAGCAUCGAAGGCAAGCUAAAGCCCACAGCAGAUUGGCUUGAAGAUGUCGGGCUCAGCCGAGUGCAGAUAGGAAAAGUACUUGCAGCAAAACCUCAUACAUUGGGCUACAGCAUCGAGGGCAAUCUGAAAAGCAAAGCGGCCUGGCUUAAGGCUACUGGGCUGAACGGCAAGCAGGUGGAGCUGUUGUCCUGUCUGGCGGAGCUGCUGAUGCCGCAGAUGCCCGUCAGCAAGCUUUUUCUGGACUUCCCUGCAGGGCACUCGCAGGAGCCAGAAUGGCUCAGCCCGGGCAUUGCUGCCUUCGGCGUCCUGCAGAACGACGGCGCAGCUCUGUUCGUCGAGUACGAUGGAGAUGGGCACCCGCAUGCACAAGCUGGCAAUGAGGACGAGCUCAAGACUGAAGCUCUGCUCCAUUAUGCACCCGAGGGCUCGCGCGUGCUGCGAAUAUCCCAUGCUUUGCGAGGGGACUUUGCAAAGAUCGAGAAUUCGGUGGACGCGAUCGUGAAUGUGUGGCGUGAAGGGCAUCAGCCGUCGCUGACGAAAGCUGUGGGCCAAGUUGUGUGGGUCCUGCUGAGCAACCGCGACAUUGCGCUUCGAGAGAACGUCUGUCAGCGUCUCCGCACCUUCCAGGUCACCGAACCGAAGCCGAGAUUCAACAAGGCGCGCAAGUUUUCAAGCAAGGCGGAGCUUACGAGAGACGUCGAGACGAAGAAGGCUGGCGUGAUCGCGUUCCUGGAAGAGGAUCUGGGGUUCUCUGAAGCUCAGAUUCGGAUUUCUCUGAGCAAGAUUCCGCGAAUCUGGCGCAUCAACGUCGACGGCAAGUUGAAGCCGAUCGCGGCGUUGCUUGAGGAUCUCGGCCUUAGCCGAAAGCAGCUGGCCAAAGUCCUUGUGCGUCAUCCUCAGCUCUUGGGCCUCGGCAUCGAAACCAAUCUGAAGCCCACUGUUGCAUGGCUUGAAGGUGUGGGGCUGAGCGGAAAGCAGGUGGCCAAAGUCAUAUCUUCCAAGCCUGAAGUGCUGGGGUACAGCCUGGAAGCCAAACUGAAGCCGACCCUGGCCUGGCUCGAGGAUGUGGGUCUGAGCCAGAAGCAGGUGGUCAAAGUCGUCACUGGUUUCCCUCCCGUGCUAGGCUGCAACCUCGAAGACAAUUUGAAACCCACCGUGUCCUGGCUCCAAAAUAUAGUACUGAGCCAGUCGAACCUGGCCAAAGUCGUUGCUGGCUUUCCUCAAGUUUUGGGCUGCAACCUCGACGACAAUUUGAAGCCCAAGGUGGCAUGGCUUAAGGGUGUCGGUCUUAACCGACAGCAGAUAGCCAAAGCCAUCGCUGUGUCUCCUUCAAUCAUGGGGCUCAGCAUCCAAGGCAAACUGAAGCAAACCGUAGCCUGGCUUCAAAGUGUUGGGCUGAGCCGACGGCAGGUGGCCAAAGUCGUAUCUCGCUUUCCUUCAAUCUUCUGGUACAGCCUUGAGGCCAAGCUCAAGCCUGCUACGGGCUGGCUGGAGGAUAUUGGGCUGAACCGCAAGCAGGUGGCUAAAGUCAUUGCAGGUCAUCCGCAAGUGCUGGGCUGCAGCAUCGACGGCAAGCUGAAGCCCAUGUUGACAUGGUUGGAUGACCUUGGCCUGAGCCAACAGCAAGUGGCCAAAGUCGUUGCUGAACAUCCAGCAGUUUUGUGGUACAGCGUCGAGGCUAAUCUGAAGCCGACUGUGGCUUGGCUCGAGGAUGUUGGGCUCAGCCGAGAGCAGGUGGCCAAAGUUGUCGCUCGUUUUCCUUAUGUGUUCGGCUACAACCUCGAGGUGAACUUGAAGCCCACUGUGGCCUGUCUCGAGGAUCUUGGGCUGAGCCGGAAACAGAUAGCUCAAGUCGUUGGUGUCUUUCCUUCGCUCUUGGGCUUAAGUAUCGACGGCAAUCUGAAGCCGACACUGUCUUGGCUUGAGGAUGUUGGGCUUACCCGACAGCAGGUGGCCCAGGUCAUCUCCGUCUGUCCUUCAAUCUUGAGCUGCAGCAUCGAGGGAAAUCUGAAGCCCACGGUGGAGUGGCUUGAAGAUGCUGGACUCUGCAGAAAGCAAGUGUGCAAGGCCGUUGCCGGCUUUCCUGGAUUGUUGGGCUUAAGUAUCAAGAGCAACUUGAAGCCGAAAAUGGCCUGGCUCGAAACUCUCGGGGUUCGCCGGCCACAACUGGCCAAAGCUGUUGCUACAUACCCACGGAUGCUAGGCGUGAGCAUCGCAACUAAGCUGAAACCCACAGUGGCUUGGCUUCGGGACAUUGGGCUGAGUCGGAAGCAGGUGGCCAAGGUCGUUGGUCGCUUGCCUCAGGUGUUCGGAUACAGCAUUGAUGCCAAGUUAAAGCCCACUGUGUUGUGGCUAGGGGAGGUCGGAUUGACACAGCUGCAGGUGGCAGGAGUCAUUGCAACCUUCCCGCAAGUGCUCAGCCUCAGCGUGCAGAGUAAUCUGUCUCCCAAGCAUCUUUUCUUGCUGGAGCACUUCACUCGUGACGAACUUCGAGACAUCAUCAGACGCGCCCCUGCACUUCUGGGCUAUAGUUUCGCUCGGCUGCGUCAUCGUCUUCAUGUAUUGCAGAAGCACGAUGCGGUGUCCAGACUGCCUCCCGUUAUGGCCUUGACGGAUGCUCGCUUUGCGGAGCAGUUUCCGUCUUGA